AGAACUGGCUCCAUGGCUUAGCAGAGGAGGAGGCGGUGGCGAGCGGGGGGGAAGGGGACUCUUAUUUUGUUAGGGGGACCGGGCCGAGGCCCGACCGGCCUGGCAGGGCUCGCCCGGGACCGGGCGUCAUGUCUCAUGCGGCCGAGCCAGCUCGGGACGGCGUAGAGGCCAGCGCGGAGGGCCCCCGAGCCGUGUUCGUGCUAUUGGAGGAGCGCAGGCCAGCCGACUCGGCCCAGCUGCUCAGCUUGAACUCUCUGCUUCCGGAAUCCGGAAUUGUUGCUGACAUCGAGUUAGAAAACAUCCUCGAUCCUGAUAGCUUCUACGAACUCAAAAGCCAACCCCUACCCCUCCGCUCCAGCCUCCCAAUAUCACUUCAGGCUACACCAGCCACCCCAGCGACACUCUCUGCGUCGUCUUCUACAGGGGGCUCCAGGACCCCUGCCAUGUCGUCGGCUUCUUCGUCUCGGGUGUUGCUGCGACAGCAGCUAAUGCGGGCCCAGGCACAGGAGCAAGAGCGGCGUGAGCGUCGGGAACAGGCUGCAGCCACUCCCUUCCCCAGCCCUGCACCUGCCUCUCCUGCCAUCUCCGUGGUUGGCGUCUCUGCUGGGGGCCACACAUUGGGCCGUCCGCCUCCUGCUCAGGUGCCCAGGGAGGUGCUCAAGGUACAGACCCACCUGGAGAACCCGACGCGCUACCACCUGCAGCAGGCGCGCCGGCAGCAGGUAAAGCAGUACCUGUCCACCACACUUGGGCCCAAGCUGGCGUCCCAGGCCCUCACCCCACCGCCGGGGCCUGCGAGUGCUCAGCCGCUCCCUGCUCCUGAGGCUGCCCAUGCUACCGGCCCCACAGGCAGUGCUCCCAACAGCCCCAUGGCGCUGCUCACCAUUGGGUCCAACUCAGAAAAGGAGAUCGAUGAUGUCAUUGAUGAGAUCAUCAGCCUAGAGUCCAGCUACAAUGACGAGAUGCUCAGCUAUCUGCCGGGAGGUACUGCAGGGCUGCAGCUCCCCAGCACGCUGCCCGUGUCAGGGAAUCUGCUUGAUGUGUACAGUAGUCAGGGUGUGGCCACGCCAGCCAUCACUGUCAGCAACUCGUGUCCAGCAGAGCUGCCCAACAUCAAGCGGGAGAUCUCUGAGACCGAGGCAAAGGCCCUGUUGAAGGAACGGCAGAAGAAAGAUAAUCACAAUCUGAUCGAACGUCGCAGGCGAUUCAACAUUAACGACAGGAUCAAGGAACUGGGCACCCUCAUCCCCAAGUCCAGUGAUCCGGAGAUGCGCUGGAACAAAGGCACCAUCCUGAAGGCCUCUGUGGACUACAUCCGCAAGCUGCAGAAGGAGCAGCAACGCUCCAAAGACCUAGAGAGCCGGCAACGAUCCCUGGAACAGGCUAACCGUAGCCUGCAGCUCCGAAUUCAGGAGCUGGAACUGCAGGCUCAGAUCCAUGGUCUCCCGGUGCCUCCCACCCCAGGGCUGCUCUCCCUGGCCACAACUUCGGCCUCUGACAGCCUCAAGCCAGAGCAGCUGGACAUUGAGGAGGAAAGCAGGCCAGGCGCAGCAACGUUCCAUGUAGGGGGGGGACCGGCCCAGAGUGCCCCCCCCCAGCAGCCCCCGGCACCACCCUCGGACGCACUUCUGGACCUGCAGUUUCCCAGUGACCACUUGGGAGACCUGGGGGACCCCUUCCACCUAGGGCUGGAGGACAUUCUGAUGGAGGAGGAGGAAGGGGUGGUGGGAGGACUGUCAGGGGGUGCCCUGUCCCCACUGCGGGCUGCCUCUGACCCCCUGCUCUCCUCAGUAUCCCCUGCUGUCUCCAAGGCCAGCAGCCGCCGCAGCAGCUUCAGCAUGGAGGAGGAGUCCUGAUCAGGCCUCACCCCUCCCCUGGGCCUUCCCCGCCCAGGAAAGGAGGACAAGUCUGGAUGAGGCCCUGCCUUUUCCCCCACCCUCCCGUGAGACUGCCCUGCCCAGGUGUACUGGGGGGAGAGGAGAUGUGAUCAGGCAAGGAGGAGGAGGAGUCAGAUGAGGCUCCUCCCCUUCCCCAAAGGCCCAGCUCAGUGCAGGUAUUUCAGAGGGAGAAGGCACCCCAAAGUGGUGAGGUCAGGGCCUGUGCCCUGCGGAUCACAGCCUCGCCCCUGCCGCCGUGGGACCUGCUCUUGCCCAAGUGAAGGAAGGAAGCAGGAUGAGGGCCUGCCCUGUACCCUGGGGACCGUCCUAGCUCGAUCUCCCAGGAAAAGAAGGUGUCAGGAUGGUGCUCCAUCCCUUCUCAGCAAACCGCCAGUCUAGUCCAGGCUACCAGGGAAGAGGAGUCAAAAUGAUGGAGGUCCCACUGCCGGGGGCUACAGCCCUGCGCCUUCCCCUUGAAUCCUGCCCUGCUCAGGCAAGGAACAGAAGUGAGACUGAGACAUGGCCCCUUUGCCUAGGAACUCGGUAUUGGCCUUCUAGGAAUGGAGGCGCUAGGCCCCUUCCCUUUCCUGUAGUAACAGCCCAGCGCAGGCAUUUCAGGUGUAGAGGACCCCGCGUGGAGGUCACAGCCGCCGUGCCCUUGGCCCAUCAGCAGCAUCCCACCCAAGCAUUCCACGCUGCAGGGAAGAGCGGGUACUUAAGCUCCCCUGCCUGAACCUGGGACCAAGCCCACCUAGCUUAGGAGGGCUCUGAGCCGACCUUGCUCUAGAGGAAGGGGACAAGAUAUUGCAAUCAUACGGGUUGACUUUGCAGACCGAGGUGGGGAGUGAGACUCGGGCCCCGACCCUUGGGCAGACUCCUGCCUUCUUCCUCGCAGCAGUGUGAGGAGGGGAUGGGGGAUAGCGGGGACUGAGGCCAGGCAUCCAGAAUCGGGACUUCAGGGCAUAGAGGGACACGAUGAAGGAAGGGGACAUUUCUGCAAGAUCCACAGCCCAGGAAAAGGGUGGAAACCUCUUCCACCGAGGCAGAGCCCUGGAGCGUGGGUCACAAAAGCAUAUUGUUUCCCCUCAUUUUUUUUAACUCCCCUAUUCCGAAACUAGGUUACCCCCAGCCUCUGGGCCCCACCCCAUUCUCCAUGGGGAGGGAAUCCCUCCAUUUGAGAUAUCCAGAGACACUCCCCACCCACUGCCCACCCCUCCCACCACUUACACCCAAGGCUGUCGGCUUUGGAUUGCUGGGGCCAGGCCCCAGGGAGGGUGUGCUGAGGGGUCUGUAGGUUUGGGAUCAAAAUAAUAAAUGCUAGGCGUGUUUGAUGCGCUUUUAACUU